AUGAAUUCCAAUAAUUGGAUACCUAAUCAGGGUUCCGAACCCACUCGCGACACUAUUGAUUGGAGCGCAAAAGAAUUGUCAACAAAAUCUUCCGUAGGUUCAACAACACAGACUGCACAACCAAGCGGGGGUGAUUGGCAAGAAGAAGUUUACCAAAAGUUGCAAACCAUGAAAGAAAAUUACAUGCCAGAUCUGAAUGAAAUAUUACAGGAAAUUGCUACGAGACUUCAGAAGUAUGACUCUACUCCUCAACAGCCAAAGUCAGAUCAGAUAGAAAAGUUGAAGGUAUAUAGAAUGGUGUUGGAACGCAUGAUAUCAUUACUACAGGUUCCUAAGAACAGCAUUAGGCUUAGUUUGAAGGAAAGAUUGGAAGCAUAUGAAAAGCAGAUUGUAAAUGUCAUAAAUUUAUUAAGGACUAGGGAAGGCAUCUCAUCCUUGCAACCCGGACAGCUUCCCCCAACUCAUAGGUCUUCGAUGCCACAGUCACAAUCUCAAGUUACUUCAGUACAGUCUCAUGAAAAUCAAAUUAUCUCUCAAAUGCAGCCAUCAAACUUACAAGAUUCUGCGAAGCCCGUUCCUGAAUUUUCAUCAUCAAGUGCUACCAAUGUUGGGAAACAUACACGGGAUGCAGCAGCACCAGCUCAAUCCCUUUCCAUCGGCACUCAUGGGAUAUCGGCCCUUCCUUUAUUGGCAGAAUUCAGUGGUCUAGAUGGUGCAUAUUUUAAUGCUUUCACAGCUACUUCUGGAAAAGAUUUCGGGAAAGAAUUUGGAAAAGAACUUUUGAAAGAAAUAAGUUCAAAAAAGAUUGAGAAGUUGAAGAAGGAGGUUGAGAGUGUCACGAUGAUGAAGUUACUCAUCCUAGUUCUUAUUUGUUUUUGGGUUUUGUGUGUUCUAUUUUAUAAGUGUAUGUAA